AUGUUCUGGAGAACAAUUACAUCUUCUUUUUCUAUUAUAUGUAUGAAAUAUGAAGUAAUAAUUGAUGUAACCACUUGACAUUAGCAUCCCCGCGUUGACCGGAUGCAACACUAAGAUUGUUAUAUUAUAUCCCUAGUAUUCUUCAUCUGGAUUAAAAUCGAGUUAAGCUGUUGUUGCUCCUGGUUGUCCAUCAAUGGCUGCCACUGCUGCACUGCGCAUGAUUUUGCUGCUCUUCUUGAUCAGCAUAGUUCAAGCCCGAAUUCUGACUCUGAAGCUCAAUUCUUUUGAUGAUGAUGAGUUGAUCUCAGAUGGAGUUGAUCAUCGUUUCGAAAACCAAUCCUCCUCGUCUGUUAGCGUAUACAGCAGUGCUCCCUCGAUUCCCAGCACCUGCAACCACCAGUACGGCUUUCUGCCAUGCGCAGAAAAUGCUGCAGGAUACAUAUUCCAGAUUCUGGUGUAUCAGGGCCUGCUGACGUUUGGAGAAAGGCAGAUUGGCAGGGGAAGUCAGGUGCUCUUUCAUAUCAUUGGAGCUGGAAAGAUUGGUGGUAUCAUUUUUCGCAUCCUCAUGUCGCUUCCAUCAAUGAUGCUCAUGAUAGUAUCCGGAGUUUUCAGCAGCAAAGAGAAUGCUCAAUCUCAAGUCUCACUUGGAGUCGGUAUUUAUGCCGGAAUGACUGUCUUCAGUCUUACACUGCAGUGGGGCAUAUGUGUAAUAUUCGGCAGACGAGAGUUGACGGACAAAUCAAAAGAGCAUGCUGAAGCCUCACAAUCAAGUUGUCUGCAAGCAAAAGAAAAACUCAUCAUCUUGAAAGAUACAGGAGUCCUAGUUGAUCGAGACACUCGUUCUAUUGCUCGGAUUAUGCUUUUGUCUUUGAUCCCGUACAUUGUUGUGCAGCUAGUUGAUUUCUUCCACACCUCCUCCGCAAAUCGUAUCAUAACUUUGACUGCACUCAUUGUUUCAUCCUUAUCUCUCAUUGCCUACUUUGGCUAUCAGAUUUGGGAUCCUUUGGUUCAGCAAAGAAGUUUAGAAUACGCAAAGUAUGAAACUCUGCGGACAAAAUUCCUGGAGCAUGUGAAGCAGCAGGGACAGCUAGUGAAUGAAGACGGGGCACUAAACACUGAUGCCAUCUCAAAAUUAUUUGUUGAAACAGAUAAAGAUAAGAACAAUAGUAUUGCAAAGAAUGAAUUGGAAAAGUUGGUUGUUGAUGUCAUUACAACCGGGAAGAUGAACAUUGACAAAACAAUUGCUAUUGCGGACGUAAUGCAAACAUUUGACUUCAACGAGGAUGGGUGCAUUAAGGAACAGGAAUUCAUAGAAGGAUGCAGGAGAUGGAUUGAGGACACAAAGCAGUCACCCGAAAAUAGUGAUGCAAAUUCAACAAAUAUUUUUCAAGAGCUUCUCCAGCUAUUCAGUGAGAGAAAAGAAAAUGAUCCUCAGGAGAUUGAGAGGAUAAUGUCAAAGAUUUUGAAGCAUGCUGAAACCAAGAUGCUGAAAGCCGAAUCACUUAUCACACCCGACGGGAAGCCAAAUACCGAACAGAUUCAGAAUCUCUUCAGGCAAUUUGACACUGAUGGAAAUCAGUCGAUAUCAGCAUCUGAACUAGAGCAACUACUAACUACUGUGAAGUUUGGAGAAUCUCGGGUAAAAUAUGAGGAUAUAGUAAAAGAGCUGUUUAAAGACUUCGAUGUGAAUAAUAACACGACAAUUGAUCCGAAAGAAUUUGAGGAUGGAGUAACAAAAUGGCUGAAUAGGGCCAUGGAUGUUGCAAAAACAACCGACAAGAGAAGAAUUAUUGAUGAAUUUGACAAGAUUGUGUGGAAGCAACCUGAAUAUCGCAUGUGGGAUUUCAUCAUGUCUGUGUUCCAAGUCUUAGUAGGCAUCCUUAUGUUGACCUUCCUCGGAGGACCUCUCAUGACUAGCAUUCUACAGUUAUCAUAUGCCAUGAGAUUAUCAUCUUUCAGCAUCUCAUUCGUGAUAGUGCCAUUGGCCAUGAACGCCAGAACGGCAAUUACAGCACUCUUGCCAGCCAAACAAAAGAAUGAAAGAAGUGCUUCUUUGACAUUUUCAGAGAUCUAUGGUGGAGUCAUCAUGAACAACAUCGCAGGAUUGACAACAUUGUUGGCAAUUGUAUUUGCAAAAGAACUAACAUGGGACUUUUCAGCAGAAGUGCUCACAAUAUUGGUUGUCUGUGCCAUUAUAGGCAUUCUGGCAUACUCGUGCAACACAUAUCCUCUGUGGACUUGCAUACUAGCCUUUUUCCUCUACCCUUUCUCUUUGGGAAUGUAUUACUUUGUUCAAGUUUUCUUAAGUUGGAAUUAACCCCUCUACUAAUUUCCAUGUACUUUCUUUUAUUUGCAUUUCCAGUGAAUAAAAUGUUGAUGUUUCCAUA